AUGUUGAGGGAUUCGGAUAUAGAUUCAUUGACUAACCACCUUGGGGCGUUGUCAAAGGAGAAUCAAAAGCACCAUGAAACUCUACAAGAUGUUCUGAAGCAGUUCAAGAACCUCCUGGAGGACUACAACUCCCUCAAAAGUGACUAUGAAGAGGUAAAGGAAGGCCGUGAGAAAUACAAAAAACAGGCUCGUGGUCAGGAUCGCAACCCGUUCGUGCUGGUGCUUGUUGAUGGUGAUGGAUAUCUCUUUCAAGAUCAUUUUAUCAAAGCCGGUGCGGAAGGUGGUAUUAAGGCAGCCCGUGAGCUUAGCGACUCCGUCAGAGAGCUCAUGCACUCCACUCUAGGGAUGCAGGCUGAUCAGUGUCGGAUCAUGGUUCGUGUUUACGCCAAUAUGCUUGGCUUAUCGAAGACCCUCGCUCGAGCAGGCCUAUGUGGUCAUGAAGCUCGAUCUCUGGCAUCCUUCACCUCGGCUUUCAACCGCGCUCAAGAUCUCUUUGAUUUCGUCGAUGCUGCCGAAAAGAAAGAGGGCAGCGAUUUUAAAAUCAGAGAAAUGUUCCGACUUUUCGCCGAUUCCAACCAGUGCCGACAUAUCUACUUUGCGGGCUGCCACGAUACUGGGUUUGGUUCUCUGCUGACCCCAUAUAGGGGCAGAAGUGACCGCAUCACCCUCAUCAAGGCUGCUUCCUUUCAUCGGGAGUUUAAGGAUCUAGGACUACCGAUCAGAGAGCUGCCGUCGGUGUUCAAGUCUACGCCUAUUUCUAGCACUAAACCAACUACUAUCGUCAAUACGAAGGCGGCUUCUGCCACAAAUGGCAGCGCUAAGCCGAUCUGUAAACAUUACCAAAAGGGUACCUGCAAGUACGGUAAUUCUUGUAUCAAGCAGCACGUUAUGCCGGGUCAAACCCUGUCUGUUACACCCGCGGAUGAAUCGCCGAAACAAUUGUGGUCUACUCCAACUACCGUGGGCCGCUCGAAGGAGUUUCUUUUCACUCACCUACCGCCAAUGAGCCUCAAAGCGGAGGGGCGUAUCGCCGUCAAUAAGGAUGGCGAACGUCUAGACACUUAUUGUCCCCAUCCGUCCAUGGAUGCCAUGGAUGAAUACCACCACCGUGCUAAAGAGCACAAGGUUUGCAACAGUUAUCACCUCUCGGGGGAGUGUGGUGACAAGAGUUGCCUCUAUGAUCACAGCGAUGUCUCUGACACCAUAUUUGAGGCGCUCAGGUACAUCCUCCGCCAGCACCCUUGCCCUCGAGCCGGGGCUUGCCGGUCCAUCAAAUGUUACAAGGGUCAUCUAUGUCAGAAGCCUAACUGUAGGCCCGUGGGUGGCUGGCCGUGUCGCUUUGACUACCGUGCCCAUAUACUUGAUCUUAAAGUCUCUCAGUUGGUUCCACCGGUCGCACAGGCCGAGGAAGAACAGUCCCAAGUGAGCGGCGACUCACACGAAGGCACCUCUUCUCCGGGAACUCUCAUCUUCUAA